AUGGCCGGCUCAUGGGCGAAAGCUCCGGGUACAAGCGACAAGCGCUGGCUUCGGAUUCGUGCGUGCCCAACAAAGAAGGGAUCUGCCGGCGCCAAGUCGAGAAUGGCAGAUUCUCAGGGGGUCAAUGGGGCGGAUAUGGAGCCAUCAGAUGGUGCGGGUCGAAGGGUGGGCGCAGGCUUGGAGGUUCUUGGGAAAUGGUCGAUCAGCAAGUUUUGGGAACGUAACACUGACUCCGAGUCUGCUUUUGAACCACCUCGGUGCGAGGGUGACGAUCAUCUCACUUCUGGAGAUGCCCAGAGGCCCCAGCACGAGAGAGGGGGUCAUGCUAUAGUCGCCUCGUUGGUGGGAGUUCGUGAGCGUGAUGUUGAUGAUCAAGAGGAGAAAACCUUGGCCUUCCACAAGGACUCGAAGGGAAGCCCGAGAUGGAAGGACCAGACAGGGCAGGGACCAGGGCAUCACCUUCCGGGCUACCUCACUUCUGAGUCGUCAGCCGUUUCGCCCAGAGUGAAGUGGAGCCUUCCGGGCGGCGAUGCGUUAUGCCAUUACACCCGACGGCCCGUGUCGUACAUCCGCAGGUGUCAUCUCAGCUGCGCAGAACCCUUGCGCCUCUUCGCGAAUCUCGAUCAAGCGUCAACCAUGUCAAUCCAGCAUGGCGCCGAACCGACCAUCGACGAAGACGCCGUCCUGCAUUUUGACGUCCAAGUGAGAGCCAAUACACCAAGCAGCCAGAGCAGUGCUUCAAGUGAAGUCCGAGACGAGAGCUUGGCUCCUCCCGCUUUCAGCCGACCUGGACACCAUCUCCCCGUUGCAACCCCUGACUGGAAUAACCUCAAGGUUCUCCACCAUAAUACCCUGCCCCCACGGAGCACCUUCUUCACCUAUCCGAACGAGAAGGACGCCCUGACGUGGGAUGUCAGCAAGGCCAAGGCCAUCUGCCUGUCAGGAACCUGGAAGUUUCACCUGUCAACCUCACCCUUCGAUGGCCCGCGCAACUUCUGGGAGGCUGGUUACGACCAUGACGCUGCCGAGCAUCAGUGGAGUGACAUUGCCGUCCCUGGCAUGUGGCAGUGCCAGGGCUUUGGGAAAGGUCCCCAGUACACCAACUACAACUUUCCCUUCCCUGUGGACCCGCCAAACGUCUCCUACACCGAUAACGAGUGCGGCAGGCACCUGACGACCUUCAAGGUUCCUCAUUCCUUCAAAAAUCAUCAGCUGCGGUUGAGGUUUGAGGGCGUCGACUCUGCCUUUACCGUUUGGGUCAACGGCCACAAGGUCGGCUACUCACAAGGAUCGCGUAAUCCCAGCGAGUUCGACAUUUCCAGAAUCGUCACGGCUGGGCGCUCCGCCACUCUUGCCGUUGAGGUCUACCAGCGCUGUGACGGCACCUACAUUGAGGACCAGGACCAGUGGUGGCUCAGUGGCAUCUUUAGAGACGUCUACCUGCAUGCCUUUGAGCGCUUCAGUCCGCACGACAUCCACAUCCAGACGCUCCUGGAUGACGACUACAAGAAUGCCGUCCUCAAAGUUGGCGUCACUACGAGCGAGUUCACCUUUGUCUCGUUGAGGCUACUCGACGCCGACGGCGAGCCAGUGUUCGGGGAAACCCACCAUGGCGCGACCCUGGCGCAGGGCACCACCGACCUCACGUUUGAAUUACCUGUCAAGAACCCACACAAAUGGACGGCCGAGACACCAUAUCUAUACACGCUCUUGCUCGGCUUCCCUGGCUGCGUCAUCCCGCAGCGUGUCGGCUUCCGCAGAACUGAACUCGUCGAUGGCGUCUUUUGCGUCAACGGCGAACCAAUCAAGCUCAGGGGCGUCAACCGUCACGAGCAUCACCCCGACUCCGGACGGGCUGUGCCGUAUGAGUUCCUCAAGCGCGACCUCUUGCAGAUGAAGGAGUACAACAUUAAUGCCAUUCGUACGUCACAUUACAUUAAUGACCCCAGGCUGUAUGAUCUGGCCGAUCAGUUGGGAUUGUGGAUCCUCAACGAAGCGGACCUUGAAUGCCACGGCUUUGCAUCAGUCGGCGGCGACGCGUCCAAGUUUACGUCUGAUAACCCUGACUGGAAGGAGGCCUACGUCGACAGGGCGCGUCAGAUGGUGCUGCGCGACAAGAACCACGCGUGCGUGAUCAUCUGGUCGCUAGGGAACGAGGCGUUCUACGGACGGAACCAUCAGGCCAUGUAUGACUUCAUCAAGAGCGUUGACACGACGCGCCUUGUCCAUUACGAAGCGGACUACGGAGCGCGGACGGUAGACAUUUACAGCAGGAUGUACUCCUCGGUCGAGAGCGUCAUCAAUGCGGCGAGAGACAAGGACUGGGAGAAGCCCUUGGUUUUGUGCGAGUACAUCCAUGCCAUGGGCAACGGGCCAGGAGCCAUCCGGGAGUACGUCGAGGCGUUCUAUCGGUACCCUAGGCUCAUGGGAGGAUUCGUCUGGGAGUGGGCCAAUCAUGGCCUGCGCACGAAGACGAAAGAUGGCGAAGAGUACAUGGCGUAUGGCGGUGACUUUGGAGACAACCCCAACGACAAGAACUUUGUCAUGGACGGGCUGUGUUUCUCAGAUCAUACGCCGACUCCGGGUCUCGUCGAAUACAAGAAGGCCAUCGAGCCUGUACAGGUACUGGGACUCGACGGCGACGAGGUGACCGUGAUCAACCGAUACGAUUUUCUCACGUUGGAUCAUUUAACGUGCCACGCCCACUUUCUCACCGAGGAUCGCCGCUUUGCAGAGAUCUCGAUUUCCAUUCCGAAAGGCGUUAAACCACACACAAAGGCCAAGAUUAAGAUUCCCCGCCCAAGUGACUUGGAAGUCGUUGCAGGAAAAGAAGCCUUCUUGAACUUGAGGUUCAGCUUGAAGGUGUCCACAUCCUGGGCACCUGCUGGCCACGAGGUUGCAUGGGGCGACAUCCAAAUUGGCCAGCCAGACAGCCUGACGGCGAGCCUGCAGCAUCUGAGCAUAGAACCAAACACUACUCCUCUCCCCACGAUAACGCAAGAGUCUUCCAAUUUUCUAUCGAUCACCUCAAGCAGCGGCUUGAAAACGUGGGGGUUCGACCUCCACGAGGGCACGCUGACGAGCGUCACGCGCGGCGACCAGCCCAAGCUCAACCUGCUCACCUCCCCCAUCACGCUCGACUUCUACCGCGCCCUCACCGACAACGACCGCGGCGGCCGCUUCGGCUGGGAGUGGCGAGACCGCCGCCUCCACCAGACCCAAGCCCAUGUGCGCAGCGCCGAGUGGCGCGAGACAAAGCACAGCCUCGAAGUGACGGUCCACGCGCGCAUCGCGCCCCCCGUGCUCGCGUGGGGCGUCGACACGGCGACGACCUUUUCCUUCCGCGGCGAGGCGUGCCACAUCACGAUCAAGGGCACGCCGCGGGGGCUGCGUCUGCCGGGCACCUUUGCGCGCAUCGGCCUGACGCUCGGCCUCGCCGGCGUCGACGAGGUCGAGUGGUUCGGCCGCGGCCCGGGCGAGAGCUACCGCGACAAGAAGAUGAGCCAGCGGUUCGGCACGUGGCGACGCGGCGUCGACGCCCUCUUCAUCGACUAUGAGUUUCCCCAGGACGGCGGCAACAGGACGGACGUCCGGUGGGUCAAGUUCAAGCAGCUGCUCAGCGGCGGCGGCGAUCCUGGCACGCUGCUCACGGCGCGGUUCGGCGACCUCGAGGGCGCCUCGUUCUCGGCCAUGCACUACACGACGGCGGACCUGGACGAGUGCCAGCACCCGUAUGAGCUGCACAAGCGGCGGCGGGACGACACGAUUGUGAGGCUCGACUGGGCGCAUCACGGGCUGGGGACGGGGUCGUGCGGGCCGGCGACGCUGCCGCAGUACGAGCUGAGGUCGGAGGGCUUUUCGUACGAGUUGCUGCUUGAGUAG